CUAAAUUAUGUAAAUGACGCCGGACGCAGCAGCUGAGGACAGACCAGCGCUCUCCAAAAUGGCGAACCGCGACAAGGAACUGGAAGAGGAGAUUUACGACAAGGUCGUAGAUCUGACAGAAUAUGCCAAACGACAGCGAUGGUGGAACCGUCUCUUCGGGAAGAACUCGGGUCCCGUAGCAGAGAAAUACUCUGUGGCCACACAGAUCGCCAUAGGAGGAGUGAGUGGAUGGUGUGCAGGUUAUCUGUUCCAGAAAGUUGGUAAAGUUGCAGCUACAGCUGUUGGGGGAGGUCUUCUCAUGUUGCAGAUAGCUAACAACAGUGGCUACAUCCAAGUGGACUGGAAGAGAGUAGAGAAGGAUGUCAACAAAGCCAAGAAACAGUUAAAGAAGGGAACAAACCAAGCAGGCCCUGAGAUAAACACAUUUAUUGAGAAGUCCACAGAGUUUGUGAAGAAAAACAUCGUUGUCACAAGCGGCUUCAUCGGAGGAUUCCUGCUCGGCCUGGCGUCUUAGGGUCUGCCAAAGGAGACGUGUUUCUUGACCAUCAUGAGAAACUAUAGAGAAAAAUGAUAAGUCAUUGCUGGAGGGGUUUUAAGUGUUUUGAAAGCAAGCAACCAAUUUCAGUUUAGCUUGUAGCUGUAUGAUUCUACAUAAGCUGCACAUCCUUCUGUCUAUGAUACUGUACUUCUACAUGACAAUCACACAGUCGAUAUGGAAGUGGGACUUAAACCAGAGAUGCCCUCUUAAAACACUCCACUUUGCAGGCCAAAUAAAGAAUACAUAUCAUGCAAAAUUAAUGUAAAGAAAACACCCAGAUCAUCAGAGUGUUACUAUUUUGUGUUUAUUUAUUUUUUACCAACUCUAUAUUGCUCCAGAUGGAGAGAUCAUGCACUGAUUUUGUGCUCAAUUCAGGUAAUAAUUGGGCAAAUAAAUUCACCUUCACAUGGCAGGAGGUGCCUUGAGGAUUCUGUCAAUGCCACUGUUCUAUAUUUUAAAUUCCAGUCGUCAGAAUCAAAUGUUUUCAGAGUGUAAACUUGAAAUGUAUUAAGUGCUGAUAAAUAUGGAAUUGUUAUGCCUUUUAAAGAGGUGUUAAAUGUUUGAUAGUCAUAUCAGCCUUCCCCUGCAUCUCUGUUUUUUUUUGUUUUUUUUUUGUAAUGUGUCUUGUUUAGCAAUGAAGGUACCUCAUGUACUGAAGACUGUGGUUUGUCUACUAUGUAAGUAAAUAAAAAUAAGGAAACCAGU